AUGAAACACCACACCCGUCUCAUGCAGGAAGAACAACGGGCUGUAAAUAGUAGUAAUACAAGUCAACUGGUGACUGCAUUACUGAGAAAAAGGAGAGGCGGCAAAACUGACCUACCCUCCCACAUCGUCAUGCCUGAAGGCGAAUGCAUUGAUUCCCCAAUUGCCAUGGCAGAAGCCUUUAACUCAUACUUUGCUAGAUCCUUUAAUCUUGAAAAAGAAACCCUGGAAUUGUCAACCUCGUUUCACUUCUCUGAACAAGUCUCAGCGAUCGAGCUUAGUGUCGCUACGAUAAAACGUAUGAUUACCUGUCUACGACCAUCCUACAGACCUGGCCCCGAUGGGAUCUCUUCUGCUUUAGUCAAACACGGUGGAGAUGAUAUCCCUCUUAUAUUAUUAAAUAUCUUCUCUUUGUCUCUCCAGUCUGGUCAAUAUCCCGAACGUUGGAAAACGGCUACGGUUAUACCGCGACAUAAGUCCGGGUCGAAAACUGACAUCCGGAACUACCGCCCCAUUAGUCACACAGCCAUUCUCUCACGCAUGCUAGAGAGAAUUGUUAAGGAACAUUUGGUUUCGUUCCUAAUAUCGCACAAACUUCUCUCACCUUCACAGCAUGGCUUUCUGAAGUCCCGCUCGUGUGUUACCUGUCAAGUUGACUUCCUUAACCAUCUAACUGAAGCAAUUGACUCAGGUCUUCAGUGCAUUGUCAUCUUCCUCGACAUGCAAAAGGCGUUUGACAGAGUCCCACACAAAAAGCUGCUAUAUAAAUUAAGUAAGUACGGUGUUACAAAUCCGCUUAACUCUUGGAUCCAAUCGUACCUAGUAGGACGGUCGCAAGUUGUGGAUAUCAAUGGUUACAUCUCUUCACCUCGUCUGGUCACCAGUGGAGUGGUACAGGGCAGUGUCUUAGGUCCGUUACUCUUCCUACUGUAUAUAAAUGACCUCGUUUCUGUUAUACAAUUUGGGAAGCCUUAUUUGUUUGCUGAUGAUUUAAAGGUGGUUUACACGUUCCCAGGUUCUCAGCGUACCGCUGAACUUAACAAUAUCCAAAGCGACUUGAAAGCCAUUGAGAGAUGGGCUGAUAUGUGGCAGAUGACGUUUGCAACAUCGAAGUGUAGUAUUCUAGCGUAUGGAUGUCAGAUAGCAGCAGAAGUGUUCAGGCUUCAUGACGAAGUCAUUCCCAUCAGCCAGUCUGUUCGUGACUUAGGUUUAAGAUAUUCUAGUUCGUUAAACUUUAGCGAACAUACAAAUCAUAUCGUGAAAAAGGCUAAGCAGUCGGUCGGGCUCAUAUGCCACCUGCUAACCUUGAAAGAAACCAGACUAAUUGCUUUCAAAAUCAGUAUCAGGCCUUUGCUUGAAUAUUGCUGUGUUACGUUCAGUAACUUGCGAAAGGGUGACUUGAGAGCCAUUGAAAACGUCCAACGCGCCUUUACGAAGCGCAUAUUUGGCUAUUCAACCGCUCUUUCAUACAGAGAUAGGUGCAAGCAGUUGAAUCUUGAACCUCUGUGGUUACGAAGAAUGCAAUUAAAUCUGUGCUUCCUCCACAAACUCGCGUGGCGGAAAGCAUAUGUUGGAACCUAUCAAUUGCACUUUCGGGAAAAUACCAGUUAUGAACUGCGAGAUAGUGAAUGUAUAUUCUAUUUACCUAAAUUCAAGACCAGCCUAAGGAGAAAUUUCUACCUUCUUAGGUAUGGCUCCAUAUGGAAUAAGCUGCCAAAAGAGAUUAGAUGUAUUGAACAUUUUUGCAUGUUCAAGAAAAUGAUAAAGGUUUAUCUGUCAACGGACAGAGUGAAAUGGAUCUUAAAAAUUCAACUUGAUGAUGAAAAGCUGUAUGAAGAAGGGCCGGAUCAUGUAUGAUACCGGAGAACAUCGACUCGAAUGCACCAGAGAAAACAUGAUCAUCUAGGAUGAGCUGCUACAAACCGCUUCUUAUGCUAUUCUUUAAUGCUACCUCCUAUGCGGUUUUACUCCUUUCAAACUUAAUUCAUACCAACUGUCUUCUGUUUAAAACCGA